AUGAGCAUAGAAACCAAGCAACGAUGGAAAGAUGAAUUUGACGCGUUCAUUGAUGAGGAGCUAAUUCAAAAAUUUAUUCAAAACGAGUACACUAGUUUCGAUCUUAACUUGGAUGAUUUGCGUUCAAAAAAUUCCCGACUUUCACGAAAGUUAAUGACAAAUCCUGGUGUACUUAUUGAAAUUCUCAAGGAUGCUAUAAAAGACAAAGUUCAAAUAGAUCAUCCCAAGGUUUUAGAAUAUUUCGAAGUCACUUUCAGUGGUUCAUUUGGUAUACACGCAGUUUCUCCGCGAGGUCUUCUUUCCAAUUUUUUAGAUGGGUUGGUUAGUGUUGAAGGAAUCGUUACCAAAUGUACUGCAGUUAGACCUAAGCUUGUUACGAGCAAGCAUUUUUGCGAGCAUAAUUCAAAGUUCAUUUCCCGGGAGUAUCGAGACGUUACAACACUAACUGGAUUACCUACUUCCACAAUAAUUCCAACAAGAGAUGAAGCUGGAAAUAUUCUUACUACAGAGUACGGACUUUGUGAAUAUCUUGAUUACCAAAUUAUUACAGUACAGGAAAUGCCGGAGAAUGCCCCUUCAGGACAGCUACCACGUUCUGUUGAAGUUAUCCUUGACCGUAACCUGGUUGAUAACUGUAAGCCUGGAGAUAGAGUCAAAGUAGUUGGAAUUUACAAAAUUGUUCCAACAAGAUCAGGCUUAGGCUCAGGUGGAAUUUUUCGAACCAUUUUGGUCGCAAAGGAUAUUCAACAACUUGCAAAAGAAGUUUACAUUCCUAGUCUAUCCCGCGAGGAUCUGACAAAAAUAAAGAAUCUUCCGAAGAAAUAUGAACCAAAAUCUCUCCUGAAUUUGCUUGGCAGAUCUUUAGCACCUUCUAUAUGUGGACACGACAACAUCAAACGUGCCCUGAUCCUACUUCUUCUAGGAGGAACUGAGAAAAAUCUAAAAAAUGGAACUCACCUUCGCGGAGAUAUCAAUUGUUUAAUGGUUGGUGACCCAUCAGUUGCAAAAUCACAACUUUUACGGUCUAUCAUGAAUAUUGCGCCGCGGGCUGUAAGCACCACUGGAAGAGGAUCUUCAGGCGUUGGACUUACUGCUGCUGUGACCACUGAUCAAGAGACGGGUGAGCGUAGAUUAGAAGCAGGGGCGAUGGUAUUAGCUGAUCGAGGUGUCGUAUGUAUUGAUGAGUUCGAUAAGAUGAGUGACGCAGAUCGAGUUGCAAUCCACGAAGUUAUGGAACAACAAACUGUAACAAUAGCAAAAGCAGGAAUCCAUGCUUCUCUGAAUGCGCGGUGUAGUGUCAUAGCCGCUGCGAACCCCAUAUAUGGAAACUAUGAUCACAGUCAACCAGUGACUCAGAAUAUAAAUCUUCCAGACUCUCUCCUAUCAAGAUUUGAUUUGUUAUUUAUAGUCCUUGACCAGUCAGACUCUAAUGUUGAUCGUAUAAUUUCAUCGCAUGUACUCAGUAUGCAUGCGAAUAUGGAUUAUAAUGGACAGAGGACUAAUUUGUCUAUCAUUACUUCUGAUGCAAAUAUUAAUAGUUCCUGUCAAAACAAACAUUCCUUGAGUAAAGUAGAAAAUGUGUCAAGUGCUUCUGAUUCAGACAAGGUUCCAAAACAAUUUUUACAAAAAUACCUUUAUUAUAUGAAAAUGAGCACGAAACCUACUUUAACGCCCGAGGCAGAAAAUAAAAUAGCAGAACAAUACUCAAGGUGGAGAAUCGACAAGGCCGAAGGUAUGCGUAGUAGACGAGCACUUCCGGUAACUGCUCGGACCCUAGAAACAAUAAUUAGGCUAGCUACAGCUCACGCAAAGAUGAGACUUUCAAAGUCUAUUGAUAUUACGGAUGCGUUAGCAGCUAUAGAAGUUAUGAGGUUCGUGAUUGAGGCUGAAGAUACUAAUUUGCAUGCUCUCCAAGCUAAGGAUGAGUUAAAUUCUGAUUCUGAUAUUAUGGCAAUGAACUUCAAAAUAUUCCAAACCAAGCUUCCAAAUUUCAUGAGUCUAAAAAGCCAAGUUACGAUAGAAGAGAUAGAGGAUGAAUCUCGCUCUUGGUUUAACGAGAAGCCCACCAGACGCGAUAUUCAGGUGAUGUUACAAAAAUUGCAUGCACGAAAUCAAAUCAUGAUCGAUAACGAUAUCAUAUAUUCGGUGUGA